AUGGAGAUAAUGAGGCGCCAUCGAGUUAUUUUAGAAAGAAGAUCGCUCCCCUACUCGUCUUCGACCUCUGUCGGUGCGGCUUCCCCUGCAAAUCCUCGACCCCAUCUUCCUCGCCGAGCCGCAUCUAAUGUCCGACCUGCCUCUUUCGCUCGUCCCGUUCAUCCCAGGACUGCCCGUCCAUCCUGGCCUGCCGCCCCUGUUCGUCUCAGGGCUCCACCUACAGCCCAGCCCCUCACCCCGAUGCUCUUCAAUCAAUCAAUCCUCCCCGAACUACUUAUAUCCCUGGUCGGGGCCUUGGUCGAAGAUCAGCCAACGUACCUUACGCCAGCCCUGCCUUCAGAGAAGCUUCCCGAGCGGCCUGUUAAGCACGUUCUGGCCCCUGAUCCCAUACUAGACUCGAGCCCUUCCACUAUUCCUCCUCUGCCUCCUACUGCAACCACCACUUCUCCUUCGCCUCCUAUUGCAAACUCGACUCCUGUCCCGAGCCAGGCAGAUGUUCCCCCUGCUCCAUCCGCGCUUCCAUUUGAGCCCCCGCCAGCUCAACCUUCCACCUCGCAACAGCAUCAGAGCAGUGAAGCUGGCCCAUCACAUUGCCCUUCACCAGUUACAUCGCCGCAAGAGCCUUCUCAUGUGCCCCCUUCAGCUCCUUCUGGGUCAGCUGCUGGGCCUUCUGGAUCAACUGCAGGACCCUCACAGCCUCCACCACCUAUUCAUCACUAUUAUUGUACCGCUGCUCCCUCUGAGGCUGGGUUACAGUCACGGCAAGAUGUUCCCACCAUCUUCUUGAUAAUGAAAGGUCGUUGGCCACCUUGUGGGAAGAAAGUAUGCAUCAGAUGGAACUCUUGCCGCCCCCUGCCCAGAUGGAUAGAUUCUCUGAGUUGUAUAUCAAGGGUAACAGAAUUGGAGCUUCAAUUGAUGGACCCUAAGCAGGCUAGUCAUGCCUUGAGAGCCGAAAUAAAGGAUCUAACCAAAAAGAAGAACCAUCUGGAAGUAUCCUUGGCUCAUACUAACCAUAAGCUUAAGAUUCUUCAAGAAGAAAAAAGCCAAGUCGAUGUCGUGCACCAGCAACGCAUGGAUCAACAAGCUUUGGAGCAUCAACGAGCUAUUGAUCAAUUGACCCAGAAGCUGCGGGCUGCCGAAACUUUAGCACAGGAGCAGGACAAGAAAUUAAAAUCCCAGGCGGCCCAACUAACGUCUCAAGGGGCAGAACUUCUGGUAGCCCGGACUGAACUGGCCCAGACCCGAGCUACAGUUGAAGGAGUAUCUACAGCCCUGACUAUUUAUAAGGAAGGGGAGAAUGAUCGCUGCAAAUAG